GGAAGUUAUUUUCAGUAAAUACAACAUGGCAGCUCUAAGCCCGUGUGAUCCAUGCAGCUUCUCGAGACCAGAUCUGUGUGCUGUUGUGCACGCCGAUCUCGAUAUCAGUGUGAAUUUCGACAAGAAAGUCAUCAGUGGAACAGUACAUAUUACUGUUGAAAAGAAACAAGCUGGAGUUGAAACAAUCAUACUGGACACAAGAGAUGUGACUGUCACUCAGGUUUCAGACAAGGACUCUGGACAAGAACUGACCUAUUCCCUCGGUGAACCAACUGGAACCUUUGGAUCCAAGUUGGAGAUCAAACUUCCAAAUGGAAAUGGGAAAAAAUACACCCUGUCAAUCAAGUAUGCCACCUCCCCCAAGUGUUCUGCACUGCAGUGGCUCCGCCCUGAACAGACCGCAGGGAAGAGACAGCCGUAUCUGUUCAGCCAGUGUGAGGCAAUCCAUGCCAGAAGCCUGUUCCCCUGUCAGGAUAGCCCUGCUGUCAAGUUUCCUUACUCUGCCAAGGUGACGGCGCCUCGUGAGGUGACAGUGCUGAUGAGUGCAGUGAGGCUGGGGUCAGACCCAUGUGCUGGAGACAGCGCCAGUCUGGAGACACGGUUCCUGCAGGAGAUCCCCAUCCCCAGCUACCUGCUGGCCAUUGUGGCCGGCGACAUCGAGAGCAGAAAAAUUGGUCCCCGGUCCAAGGUGUGGUCUGAGAAGGAGUUCGUAGAUGAGGCGGCUUAUGAAUUUGCAGAGACGGAGGAGAUGCUGGUGGCUGCGGAGUCGCUGAUGGGGCCGUAUGUGUGGAGUCAGUAUGACUUGCUGGUGCUCCCACCAUCUUUCCCCUUCGGGGGGAUGGAGAACCCCUGCCUCACAUUUGUCACCCCCACGCUGCUGGCAGGAGACAGAUCGCUGGCCAACGUGGUGGCCCAUGAGAUCGCCCACAGCUGGACCGGCAACCUCGUUACCAACAAGACCUUCGAACAUUUCUGGUUAAAUGAAGGCUUCACUAAGUAUUUAGAAAGAUUGAUUGUGUGCAAAUUAAAUCAAACCCCAGGAUAUCGGCAAUUCCUGGCAAAUGAGGGACUGGUGGUUUUACAAAAUGCUGUUGAAACACUGAAGAACGGCCCAUACACUCGAUUGGUUGUGGACUUGAAGGGCGUGGACCCUGAUGAUGCUUUCUCCACUGUCCCCUAUGAGAAGGGCUUCACUCUGCUGUUCUACCUGGAGACUCUUCUUGGUGGACCAGGUGUGUUUGAGAAGUUCCUUCGCUCCUACAUUGAAAAAUUCACCAAGGAGUCGAUAGACACACAGCAGUGGAAGGAGUACCUGUACAGUUACUUCUCUGACGAGAAGUCCCAGACAGCCCUGAAUACAGUGGACUGGGAUACGUGGUUCAACGGCCAAGGAAUGCCUCCAGUCAUACCAGACUACGACACAUCUUUGGCAUCAGCAUGCACUACAUUGCGGGAGAAGUGGUGCACAGCUUCCGACUCUGAUCUGUCUCAGUUCAACGCUGAUGAUCUCACACCCCUGUCGUCUAUGCAGAGACGGGAGUUCCUGAGUCAGCUUCUCCAGCAGCCACCUCUCUCCGUCACAAAGCUGCAGAAGAUGCAGGAAGUGUAUGACUUCAACAGUGUCCGCAACUCAGAAAUCAGAUUCAGAUGGCUGAGGCUUGGUCUUCUGUCUCACUGGGCUGAUGCCAUUCCACGAGCAAUUCAGUUCGUCACAGAGCAGGGGAGGAUGAAGUUUGUGCGACCACUCUACAGAGACAUGUAUGCAUGGGAAGAAGCAAGACAGCCUGCUAUCGACAACUUCCUGGCUGUCAAAGACGAAAUGCACAACACCACAGCUGGUCUCAUUGAGAAGGAACUCCACCUGAAAUAGACUGUCAGUUCACAAUCAGAUGGUCAUUUUACACAGGGAUAAGUUCACUUAAAUGAAGACCAUAGCAAGAAAAUCACAGCACAUGAAAUGGAUCAUAUCUGUCACGUGAUUGAUUUUACAGGUGCUUCAUCAUUGAGACAGUGACCAUGUUAUUUGUUGAUGGAAUGCCGUAAUUAAGUAAUUCAAUCUUAUAGUGUUACUGUUAUACUUCAAAGAUUAUGUUAGAUCAAAAAUAUUAUUUUAGUUUUUGUUUAAUUAACACCAGCAGUGAUCAAAGCAAGCCUAUACUUAAUCAAAGGUUAUUAUGUCAUUAAGAAUAUGAAAUUAGUCUUAGGACGGCAUCAUAUUUCCGAUCCCAUCCCAUUUUAUGUUACAUUAUUCCAGAAUAAUAGCUUUUUACCAUUUCUUGUCACUUUUGAAAUCAAAGAUCAAAGUGAUUUGUAGAAUUCUAAUUCCUAUUCUACAUAUUGACAUUCUAAUCCAGUGUAUGCUUAUCAGCAAUAAAGAAGAUGAUAGUCAUGUUUUUUCUUGAGUAGCUCAUCCAAUUUAUGUUCUUGUUUCAAAGGAACAAUAAGUCCAGACCUUUUCUGGGUUUGAAAUGAAAGAAAACAGGAUGGUCAAUUAUCUCAUUGUUGAAUAAUUUUCAAACUAUUUUACAUGUACCACAUGCAAGAACUAUUUGUUUAUAAGAGUUUAUUUGAAAUAAAUUAUUUUGAAUUACUGAAAA